AUGGCGAAAUUGACAAAGGGUCCUUCGAAAACCAUCGUCACUAUCAUCGUGGCCACGGUGAUUGUGAUAUCUGUAUUCGUUUGCGCAGCGGUGGCCUGCUCACUGGUACGGCGACACAAACGGAAUAAGAGGAAUGCGCAAGUCCUGAAAGCGCAUCUACGAGGAGGUGGCGACGAGGAACACGAAAUCGUCGAGUUCAUGAAAUCGGGUUCGUUCGAGGCGAUGCGACACGAAAGGCUCGGACUCGCGGACAACAACAAGACUCAGCCGAGCGAGCUGGGAUACACGACGAGACCGUGGCAUGAACUGCCGCGGACGCUUCUGCCAGGACAAGCCAAUACUUCGUUGCCCACGUAUCGACCAACUAUGGCAGAUCUGCCCAAGGCGGAAUUAGCAGAUACGAGCAUCGUUGAACUUCCGCCGGCCAGGUCUGAUCAGAAGCUGGUACCGACGCCUCUGAACUUCUCGAGACCAUCCAGAGACAACGCACGCCUCAAAUGCGAUGGCGAGGUUCAUGAGUUGCCGGAGGAACCACAGCAGGGCAGCAUACCGACAAUUGCUGGGAUGGAGCGGCACGAUCCCAAUAGAAUCUCGUCGCCUACGGUGCCCACUCUCAUCCGACACGAGGAGGAUAGCUCCGAGUCGGGUAUUGAAGAACGUUCAAGCCCGGUCAGUCCACUCACGGUGGGAAAUUCGGUCCGUGGAGAGAAGGACAGGCCCAGACGAGUGAGUUUCGCAUCAGAUGUGUCCCAUUUGCGGCCAAUGGAGAUGCAAGGCGUCCCCAGCCCAACGUAA